AUAUCCUCACCAUAGCAGAGUUACCGCUAACAACCUGUACGACAGUUUUCAUUUCAGGAUCUUGCUUUAUAUAUUAUAUUGAAAUAAUUUUUUUUCCAGAAUGAUAUUUUAAGUGAGUUAAAUGAAAUAUUUUUGCAGCCUGUAAAGAAAUAGGCAAACCUCCGUGGAACACUGGUUGUAAAGCAUUGGUUGUAACCGACAUAUGUUCUAUUUCAAUCACUUAUUUAUCGUAAUUUAUUGAAUAACAGGUUUGAUAUCAGAAGCAUUCAUUUUUUAGUAUUUCUCAGUGAAAUAUUUCCAACAGAAUUUGAUUUAGCAGUUUAUUGACAGUUUUCUUUUUAAAGAGAACAGAUUUAGACAAGCAGGAUUUCAAAUUGUUAUUUUCUGAAAACUUUUAGUAAGGUAAAAAAAUGUCUCUUUGCUCAAGUAACAGGGAUCAGAGUAAUACUUAACAUUACGAAAGUAGUUAUCAAUUUAACUUUGUUUUAGAGAAAGCCCAUUUCUCCAUUUAUAAGUGUUGUCCUAGAAAUAAAAUCAAUUUACAGAAUCUUAUUGUGUUUUGAAAUGAGAGUGUUGCAGCGUGCAUUUUCUCUGCAGUAUCUUUUAAUACAAAUUCUAUAUCGUUUGAUGUAUGAAAUGCAAUUUGUCCUUCAGAAAAAUUAAAUACAGAAUUGAUCAUGUAACCAGUGGUGUCAUGGUAAUUGAGAAAGGCAGUUGUAAAAACUAAUUAAGAUUUAUUCUAGAUUGAUAGCCUCUCUGUCGGACUACAUCUUGUGUAACUCAGGUAGACAGAUUCAUAUAACAUCACAUGUAUGGUUAAUAUCAAACCUCGUUUAUAUUAAUGAGAAAAACCAAAUUCUUUUAGAGAAAUGUGCAACAUCACAUACUGCUAUGAAAAUACUCUGCCGUUUAAAAUGAGACAGUUGUCAAAAGUUUAAAAAAAAUAUAUAAGAGAAAACAAAACAAUCAAAGAUCCAGCACUGCAUGGUGUAUAACGAAGACACCUGUAUAUGCUUAUGUGCGGCGGGAAAUGCAUUCUUUUCAGCUUUUUGUUCAAGAAUCAAAGAUAUAUGGCUUUGCUUAGUAUAAACCUUUGCUUAAAGUAUAGAGCCAUGCAAUACUGAUAUAAAUUCAAAUUGGAUUCUGGAUCUUCACAACUGUGGUGAUUCCCUUAACAUUUCAAUUGGAUUGUGGAACUACACACCUAUUGCGAUCCCUUACAUCCUAGAGAACAAGGAAAGCACCUCUGCGUGAAGAAACAUCUGAGCAGUUCUAGAAUUGAUUCUAAAGAGCUCUUUUCAAAUAAUCCAGGAACAAUCAGGAAGUGCCACAGAAAAUAAAAAAGAUGGAAGCUUUUAAGACUUGCCUCUGUUACUUUGGUGAUGCACUGUUUCCUGAAUGAAGUAUGAGUUUGACAAAUAAAAAGGCUUUGAUAUUGGCAAGCUUGAAAUGCCGGCAAUUCCCUUGGUACCUCAGAUCCUGCAGGAAAUAGGCAAAAUGGCAUUGGUGUGCUGAUGUGCCUUCAUGUGAUUGAGGAGAUACAGCGAUUAAAAACUGUCAUCAUUUAACGAGUGAUUCCACACAGAAUCUGCUGAUGGGAAAUCCUCUGCUAAGACUUGAUACUAGGAAAGUAUUUUAGACUGCACAAAUUGAUGGAAGUCAUUCUACAGCAGUGGUAUUUUGUGUUGGCGUACUGAACAUCGUGGAACUACCUCUACUAUGUGAAUCACAAAUGCAUUCAAAAAGGAGAAAGAACGAUCAAAUGUUAAAAAUCUAGUCCACUUCACAAAAUUACCCGUCAACAUUGCUACCCAAAAAAACUAUAUAAAGUUUGGUGCUGGAGCUAUUUAGACAAUGUUGAGAGAUGUCAUUCCUCCAUCACAGAGAAGAUUGCCUGAGGUGCUGAGUUCACUGGCUUUAUCUGUUGUAUCAUCAACACAAAAGGCUCAUGGUGUCAUAAUCUACAAUACAGAAAAAACAAAUCAUCUUUAAUUCAGGAAUGAAAAGAUAUGUUUAACAAAGUUUACCUUCAAAGCAGUGCAUGGAUUUGAUUCUGUAUAGGACAGAUUCAUUGGACAAAAUACAAAAAGGAAAUAUCCUCCAAUGAUCGGAUGUGAGGGAAAACAGUGUAAAGAAAUUACAGCCACAAAAAAAUCAGCUUGUAUACAGGGUCAAAGAUCGGCUACCAUACAGGGUCAAAGAUCGGCUACCAUACAGGGUCAAAGAUCGGCUACCAUACUGGGUCAGAGAUCGGCUACCAUACAGGGUCAAAGAUCGGCUACCAUACAGGGUCAAAGAUUGGACAGCAUACAGGGUCAAAGGUCGGCUACCAUACAGGGUAAAUUCCUGUUGUAGGAUAGAGUUAUAAGGGAGGAAUACAUUUAUCUGAUCAGCUGCUGCUGGAUAAAAAAAAAAGUCAAUAGUUGCCAUAAUGCCGGGUUUCAAUGCGUCUUUGACGAGUUUUAAUGAGAAAACAUGACAGUCAGGUGACACAGUGUUAAAAGAUGUUAGUGAUGUUAAACCAUCAUUUCUCAACAAUGGUUUUCAGAUCAUCACCAAGUAUUAUGAGAAAUUCCAUUCAUGUGGUUGGAAUUUAAUCUUUAAAGAGAUAAAUAUUAAAGAUAAAUUUUUAUUAUGCCGGACCAAAAUGACAAUAUUGCAGACGAACAUUCGUUAUUGUCGGGACUCAACUUGUCAAACCUGAACAUCACAUUGAACGGGACAUUUGACUUGUUCAACUACCCUUUCCCUGAUUUUUUUGAUGAUUUCAAUUUGAAUGAAUCACCAAACAGUGACCUUGGUUACCAGAAGGACUUACUAAUGUACUACCUAAUGGGUAUCUGUGGAAUGACCCUAUGUUGCUUGGGAAUUAUUGGCAAUAUAUUGUCUGUGAUUGUUCUUAGCCAACGCCUGAUGCGAUCCUCCACAUAUUCCUACCUCUCUGCUCUAGCCUUGAGUGACACUUUCUUCCUCUUUAUGACUAUGUUACUACUCAUCAAAGACACAAAAAAGCCUGUUAAGUCGGAGAUUCGAUGGAUGGAGCCAUUCUAUGUGUAUAUGUUUCCAUAUAUCCAUCCCACAGCUCUCACAUUCCAAGUCACAUCAAUAUGGCUGACUCUCGCAUUCACAGUCGACCGCUACAUCAUGAUCUGCCACCCGUUUAAGGCAGAGCGCUGGUGCAGUGUGGGAAGGGCUAGGAAAGUGAUCUGUGGCCUUGUCACUGCCGGUUUUGUGUAUAACAUUCCACGUUUUUUCGAAUAUAAAGCUGAAAAAGAACAGUUUCAAUUACCUUCCGAUAUCAUUGCCAACUUUACAAUUCCCUCGCCACUGCUGAUUAAGUUGACAAAGUUCGGUUCGAGUAACUUGUUCCGGGAGAUUAUACAUUCUUGGCUCUAUCUUGUAUGUGUAGCUGGAAUUCCAUUUUUGGCCUUAGUAGUUCUGAAUACAUUUCUUAUAAGAGCUGUCCAUGAGUCACGUAAAAAAGGAUUACAGCUCAAUUCUAAAGAUAAACGGAGAAACGAUACUACUAUAAUGUUGAUCGGCGUUGUGAUCAUAUUUCUGCUGUGUCAGGGUCCUGCUUUAGUGUCAAGAAUGAUUUGGGCAUUGGAUUUUAACGCUGCCUUCACCUCUUUAUCAUGGUAUACAUUUAACGAAGUGUCAAACUUUCUUGUCAUAAUCAAUUCUGCCAUAAAUAUAGUGCCAUAUUAUUUUUUUGGGAAGAAAUUCAGACGACAGUUUUGGCGGACAUUUUGUUCUUGUAUAUUAACAAAGGAAGAGAUACGUCGUCUGGCACGUAGCCUUAGCCUAACUAUGGACAAUCGCAGAGCCAGCAAUAUAAGUAACCCGCAGGCACAGCAGGUAAAUAACUGUCGAGCAGGGAGUGCUGAUGACGGGAGGAGACACAAGAACAGCAUCGCUGUACCACUCAUACCUAAUGUCCAGCGGUCAUCAUUCGAGGAGUUAAAUGUUCCGCCCAUUACAUACAAAGGAAACCAUGACAGUUUCUCGUCUACCGGCUCUGGGCAUGAACUGCCCGACACUGCUGCAUCAUCUGAACCCUGCAAACUCAUGGUGAAUUUAGAAACUAAUGGAAACUGUGAGAUGAUCAAACUUGAUACAUCAGCAUCCUGUGACAAGUGUCAAAACUACAACGCCAUCUUAUAGCGUUAAUUUAUUGGUAUAAUAUAUUUGUUAUCAAAUUUGAAAAGGCAAUAUUUGGAAUGUAAUGUGUAACCCUAUCCAGCAAUACUGGCCGCCUUGUCUCAGGCUUUCGUUGUUAUUAUUUACCAUGUUAUAUUUCUAUCGUUCAUCCAUAAUGUACAUCAGUCGUUGUGGAAUAGUGUAAAUUUUAAUGUAAAUAUAAAGCAAGUUUUGAUCCUGACAGUAACUCUUAUCAGCCAAUUCUACGUUUGUGUGGCCGCAAUUAUAGUGGAUGUAAACCUUACAUGAACAGUAUAUAUAACUCGAUCCUCUAACAGUCCAGUCUCUCUCAGCCUGUGUAAUCCAAAUCCUUACAACAAGUGAAAUGUCUUGAGCUGUUUGUUUUAGACAGGCUUUGCGGUAUACAUAUAUAUAUAUAUUAAUCAUGUUUGCCAUGACAACAGAAAUUAUACAUUUAUAUGAAAUUUAUUUCUUGUUGAAUGUAUUUAUUUCUAUCAAUUACCAGACUUGUAAAAAAAGAUGAACAUUUUCUUGUGAAGAUAAUUAACCUGGUAUUGAAAUUAAAAAAAGAUAUAUAUUAACU